GCAAAACAGGAACUGGUGACCUGGAAGUUGAUGUCACAUAGAGGUCAACUUCGCUCUUCCUGCGGCUGAGCACUGUUGCUGAAAGUUCUGGGGGACCCGGUUUGCUACAGCCUGUCAUGUCUCGUGCUCGGCAGCCCCCUCUGGUCACAGGCAUCUCGCCGAAUGAGGGGACCUCAUGGACGAAAGUCACGAUCCGCGGGGAAAACUUGGGCACGGGGCCUGCUGACCUCUGUGGUCUUUCUAUCUGUGGCCAUAACUGUCUGUUGACUGCGGAAUGGAUGUCGGCCAGUAAGAUAGUCUGCCGAGUGGGACCCGCUAAGGAUGACAAGGGAGAGAUCAUUGUGACCACCAAGUCAGGGGGCAGAGGAACCUCUACUGUGUCCUUCAAGCUCCUCAAGCCCGAGAAAAUAGGGAUCCUGGACCAGUCUGCCGUAUGGGUUGAGGAAAUGAAUUACUACGACAUGCGCACCGACCGAAGCAAAGGGAUUUCUCCACUGUCCCUGCGGCCAGCCAACCCCCUCGGAAUUGACAUUGACAAGGGAAAAGUCCCGCAGAAGGAUUUGGAAAGCCUUUUUCCUGGAAUGAGUGGCGAUUUCACCAGUGAAAAUUUUUCUGCCACCUGGUAUCUUAUAGAAAACCAUUCUCUCACAAGCUUCGAUCAGCUCCGGGUUGCAGCUACGAACCUGCGGAAGCAGUCCAACAAGAAAAACGAAGGCAGCCUGGCGUAUGUGAAGGGUGGCCUCAGCACCUUCUUCGAGGCGCAGGAUGCCUUAGCAGCCAUUCAUCAGAAGCUGGAAGCUGACGGAACGGAGAAAGUGGAAGGAUCCAUGACGCAGAAGCUGGAAAACGUCCUGAACCGGGCCAGUGUUACAGCAGAUACACUUUUCCAGGAAGUCUUGGGACGUAAAGACAAAGCAGAUUCCACAAGGAACGCACUGAACGUGCUUCAGCGUUUUAAGUUUCUUUUUAAUCUGCCGCUGAACAUUGAAAGAAACAUCCAGAAGGGCGAUUAUGACGUUGUUAUCAAUGACUAUGAAAAGGCAAAGUCUCUCUUUGGGAACACAGAAGUGCACGUUUUCAAAAAAGUUUAUGCAGAGGUAGAAACGCGGAUCGAUGCUUUGAGGAAUCUUUUGCUGAAUAAAUUACUGGAGACCCCAUCUACUUUGUAUGACCAGAAAGGAUACAUAAGGUAUAUGCUUCGGAACAAGUGUUUUUGCGGUCAGGUCUGCACGCGCCCGGAGGCGUACUUACAGUGCGAUCCGGAACGCGUCUGCAGUCCGGCCGCUGGAAGAAGCGGCUCAGCGGAGCCCCAUGCCGUUUCCCUCUCGGGGCUUCGGAAUAACAGCAGCCGCCCUGCCCACGGGGCUCAGGAAGGGGCGGGGGCGGAGAGCAGCAGGUCCCCCUUCGCCGCCCGGGCCCGUGCCAAAGGAAAAAGGCCUCUUUGCAGCUGGCAGCAUUUUGAAGGCCCGACCACAUCCCCCACUACCAGACCCCAUCCCGAACAAAAAUAUUUACAAGGCACCGCAGGUGCAGGGGGGACCCACGGCGCUCUGCUGGACCUGGACCCCGAUGUGCGCCCCUCGCUGGUCAGCCGUCUGAGCCAGAGCGCAUCUCUGAAGCGAGACACCAGCUUCCAGUCCCCCCGUGACGAGUCUUGGUGUUUCAAGGGACCACACCAGGUGACGUUUGUUGAAAACCUGACUGAAGUUGUCUUCAAUCAGCUGCCUAACUUCUGGAAGCUCUGGAUUUCUUAUGUAAAUGGCAGCUUAUUCAGCGAGACUGGUGAAAAAUCUGGUCAGGUGGAGAAGUCAAAGAAAAACGCCAGACAGAGACAAAAUGAUUUCAAGAAAAUGAUUCAGGAAGUAAUGCAUUCUUUGGUGAAGCUGAUCCGUGGGGCACUGCUGUCCAACAGCCUGUCCGAGGUGGAGCUGAGGCACUACGGUGGCUGGGAAACCAAGUCAGAGCUCUCAGGCCAGUGGCUGACACAGGUCAUCCACACAGUCAGAAUGAGCUAUGAAGCCCUGGCAGCCCUGGAAAUUCCCAAUGACCUCUUGCAGGUGAUCCAGGACUUGAUUCUUGACCUUCGCGUGCACUGUCUGAUUGUGACGCUGCAGCAGACCUCAGAAGAUGUUAAACGUCUGGCAGAAAAAGAAGACUGGGUUGUGGAUAAUGAGGGAAUCACAUCUUUGCCGUCUCAGUUUGAGCAGUGCAUGAUUCAGACCCUGCAGUCUCUGAAGGAGUCCAUGGAUUGUAAACCAGGGGAAGUCAAUAUUUUUCAGCAGGAGAGAACCCAAGACAAAGCUGGCGAGCUCUGUGUUGGAAUAAUGAAGGUGUUUAUAAACUGCCUCGAACAGUUAAGUACCAAAACCGAUGGUGACAUAGACACAUCACACAUGCCAAUGGACGUUGCAUCACCUGAUCUGUUUGGCAGUAUUCAUGAAGACUUCAGCCCCUCUCCUGAGCAGAGACUACUGAUCAUUCUUAGCAACUGCCAAUACCUGGAAAAGCACACCUUUCUGAACCUGGCGGAGCAUUUUGAAAAGCAUGGCUUUCAAGGCACAGAGAAAAUAACCCGGGUCAGUGUUGAGUCAGUGAGGGGCCUGGACCAGAGGCUGUUUGAGUCCUACAUUGAAAUGAAAGCAGAUCCCAUUGUGGGUUCUUUGGAACCAGGGAUGUACGCAGGAUACUUUGACUGGAAAGACUGCCCCCCACCAGCAGGUGUAAGAAACUACCUGAAGGAAGCUUUAGUGAAUAUCAUCACUGUUCACGCAGAGGUGUUCACGGUUUCCAAAGAGCUGGUCCCGCGGGUGCUGUCCCGCAUCGUGGAGGCAGUGGCCGAGGAGAUGAGCCGUCUGAUGCAGUGUGUGUCCUCCUUCAGCAAGAAUGGGGCUCUGCAGGCACGGCUGGAAAUCUGUUCCCUGAAAGAUGCCAUAACGUACUACCUAACCCCAGACAGCAGCCGUAGCUUCAAGCAAGCUCUAGAAGUCUUACCCCAGCUGCACAGUGGAGCAGACAAAAAGUUACUGGAGGAACAGCUCAACAAGUUUAAGAGCAGCAUGUAUUUGCAGCUGACUUGCUUUCAACCUCCCUCUGUUCUCCCAGUAAAAACAUAGUUACUGUACCAUUGUGCCUCACGUACACAUUUCACUCCUGUGAUGCUGAAGAAAAUGUACAUCAAUCUGCUAUUAAACCAUAUGAUUUCUGUCAUUCUGCCAUUCAUUCACACCAAUUCAAAUUGGUGAACCUAACAAUUAUUCAGAUUUAAUCUCUUCAUUAGUAGUAGAAAUUAAAAAGUUCACAUAAAAGCUUUAUUUAGCACUGAAACAUACUGUAUGUGUGAUUAAGGUGUAGUUGUGGUGGCUUCAUAAGCAGCUGUUAAACUCUUCAGUUUUGAGUGAAAAAAGGUCUCCUUUAACUAUGCGUUUGCUUGAAAAUCAAUUGCAUGUUUAUGUCUUAGAGCUGCAAAAGCUGGCAGAUUUCACUAGUCCACAAGUUCACUAGAAGCCAGUAACCAACCGACCACUUUCCAUUAGAUGACAGUAAGCUCAUUUGUAUUUGUUCCCUACCCUCAAGAAGCUACUUGUGGUUUUUCUGAUAACUUAAAUAACAGUUUACAAUGGAAAAAUCUCAGUACAUCCAUAAACAAUCUCUUAAGUCUCCAGGGGAAAAAAAAACUUCUUGUAUUCAAUUUGGAAAAUAUCCAGAGGUGUUUUUUUAUUACUUUGUUUUUCACUUAAAGUAAGUAGGUUUUCAUCUUCAAGGUAAAAUGAGAGACAUUGCUACUCUGCAGCAGAUAAACCUGAAACCAUGGAAUGCAAUGAUAUUUCUGUACAUUCAUUUCCUCCCAGGAGACUUCUCAUACUGCUUGUGUUGUUACUAAGUACCGCUUAGUAAGUUGUUACUGUUACUAAGUUUUCAUCCUCCUCUACGAUCAUUUCAAAGUCCUGUGGAUCUUUACCUUUUCAUUUUUCAAUCGUAAUUUUAUGUUUAUCCUUUUUUGUGCAUCGGAAGAAUGACAACCAAACUGCAGCAAUUUAUAAUAAACAAUAUAGAUGACUGAA